UUAUGUUUUUCAUGUCAUGUACAAAGCACGUGUCUAUUUAACAAAAUAAAUAGAGGAAUUGAAAGAACCAUUUGCGCAAAUAAUGGUCGAUUGGAGGUCAAAAUGUUAAUAAUGCACUAAUUGCUCUGAUCAAUUAUGAAGAACAAAUAUCUUUUUACUUAAAGUAAGUUACAAUAUUGUAGGGAAUAACAUCCAAACAAGGCCUGUGGACAAGUUCAUCCCAAGCAUGAAACUCCCAUGACUAUCCUAACAGAAAAACAAAACAAAAUCCCAUCCCUUUUUCGAUCUUGCACCAUUUUCGAAUCCUAGAUUUGUAGCAUUUACCAUUAAUUUUCAGUUCAAAUUUAAUUUCGACAUGGGGGAUGCGUAUUGUUCCGACUGCAAGAAGAGUACGGAGGUGGUGUUCGACCAUUCGGCGGGGGAUACAGUGUGCUCCGAGUGCGGUCUGGUGUUGGAGUCACACUCCAUUGAUGAGACUUCCGAGUGGCGUACCUUCGCUAAUGAGUCGGGGGACAAUGACCCGGUCCGUGUUGGUGGCCCGACGAACCCGCUUCUCUCAGAUGGAGGGUUGUCGACCGUGAUUUCUCAGCCGAAUGGGACCACCAGUGACUUUUUGUCGUCGUCUCUCGGUCGCUGGCAGAAUCGUGGGUCCAACCCUGAUCGGUCGCUUAUCCUUGCGUUCAAAACGAUCGCCACAAUGUCGGAUAGGUUGGGCCUUGUUGCAACAAUAAAGGAUCGGGCUAAUGAGAUUUACAAGAAAGUAGAAGAUCAGAAGUCUAGUCGAGGAAGAAACCAGGAUGCUAUAUUAGCUGCUUGCCUGUACAUUGCUUGUCGACAAGAAGACAAGCCUCGCACUGUUAAGGAAAUUUGCUCUGUUGCCAAUGGAGCAACAAAGAAGGAAAUUGGCCGAGCAAAAGAAUACAUUAUAAAACAACUUGAGCUUGAAAUGGGUCAAUCGGUGGAAAUAGGGACUAUACAUGCUGGGGAUUUUAUGAGGCGGUUUUGUUCAAAUCUUGGGAUGACAAAUCAGACAGUUAAAGCUGCCCAAGAAGCUGUCCAAAAAUCAGAGGAGUUCGACAUAAGGAGAAGUCCUAUAUCAAUUGCUGCAGCAGUUAUUUAUAUAGUUACUCAGCUUUCUGACGAUAAAAAGCCCCUCAAAGACGUAUCCCUUGCUACUGGAGUUGCCGAAGGGACCAUCAGAAAUUCUUACAAGGAUUUAUACCCCCACCUUUCAAAGAUAAUACCGAACUGGUAUGCUCAGGUAGAGGACCUUAAGAAUCUCUGCAGCCCUUGAUAUGUCAAUGAAACAAUAUGGUACAAGAUUUAUCAUAUAUUAUUUUUUGAUAUUCAUUUUUCUUUUUUGGGGGGACAAUAAACAUAAAAUCAACAUUUUUUUCUCCUUUUCUCUGUAUGUUUUAAAUGCGCAUUGGAUGAUGGAUUCUGCUGAAAGCAGGAAACUUUAAGAUGAAACUGUCAAAAAUAUACAAGCUAUACAUUUUGUUAUAUGUAGCACACAGACGUGUAUGAGUUUUGACUAAAUUAGAAAGAAUUCCAUGAGGAUUGGGACAA